AGCCUAGGUAGGAUAGGAGCCUGGGUUAGAUGUCUUCGAUAGAAUACUUCUUCCAACAGAUUACCAACGUGCGUAGUAGCGGUAACACAUUUGCAAAAAGAAGAAUACAUAUGUCCUCGUAGACAAUACGAGCACAAUUUACAUCCGAGCCUCCACACAGUAUGGCAGACGUAUACCGCCGCAGCGGGCGGGGCGGGGCAGGCAACUUCUACUCGCAGAAAGACAUCGAGGAGGCGACGAAAGGGAAACCCGAGGAUCUCGAAGCCCAGAAACCCCAACACCUCGUCGACGAUGAACCCUUAAACGACCCCGCAGAUGUUCCCGCGCAGGCGGCGCCGCCGAUCGCAAGCACGAACACCGCGAACGGAUCCGGAAACGGCACGAGGACAUACGCGCGGUCCGGCCGCGGCGGCGCGGGGAACUUCGUCGACGUGCCUCCCUCCAUCUCCGCAACCACAGACGCAUCGACAACAUCAGCCCCCUCUUCUCCCGGCUCUUCCACCAGCACACCCAACCCCCAAUCUUCCACGCAACCUCCAGCGCGAAGCGGGCUAUCAGGCCGUGGCGGUGCCGGGAACUGGGUAACCACGGACCCGGAAACCGCGUACGAUCCGGAGCAAGAGCGCAAGCGGCGCGAGGCGCUAGAUGCGCAUAUCCUGCAGGAUAUCCGAGAGUCGCUACCGCAGCCGCCCAAGAUCCAUUAUAUGCACGGACCGGGGAGGGGACGGAAGCCUGAUUUGCCUUCUUCGUGAUUUGAUGCUUCAGGUUUCGCUGGUGUUGGCAAUUAAGGUAUUCAUGGGUGGAUAUAUGGAUGAAUGGAUAGCUACCUACUUAACAUGUAUGGCUUUUCGGUGUUGGGUUUGGUUGCUAAAAGAGGUCGGAGAACCUGAAGUACGGAGACGAAAAGGGCACUGGCUAGAAAGGCGUCUGCUAUGGGACCACACACUUUAGUAGUAAGACCAUACACCAGACAUGUCCUGUAAAUAAUCAUAGUUUUUAAUGCAUAGCACUGCGAGAAAAGAGCGACAUCUCGUUAUAGAAGCACACA